AUGAUCUCAAAGGGUUCAGAAUAUUUUUCCAAAAGCAGGCAACUGCAGGAUAUCGCGAAUUGUCGAGAUCUUGUCUCUCUUCAAGCCAUCGUCUUCAUGAAUCUGUUCCUUCUCACCACGAACCGAAGCUCGACCUGUUACACCUAUCUCUGUACUUCACUGUCAAUUGCGGUUCGAAUGGGCCUUCAUCGGUCCCUCAAGACAGACCAGGACCUGAUCUCUCAAGAAAUCAGCAAGAGGUUAUUUUGGGCUUUAUGGCUGCUUGUCAAUGAUGUCAGCUCCUGCUGCGGCAUGCCAAGGCUUUUGAGUGAUAGCGAUAUAGACCAGGAAUUCCCAAGAGAGGCCAACGAUGUUUACAUCACAAGCAGAAAUAUAUCGAUGCAGCCACAAAGUGAAAUCUGCUAUAUUUCCGGUGCAAAUGCCUCCUAUCGACUUCACAUGAUUCGAGAUAAGGUGACAAGGCAAAUGUAUCCUGUUAAGCCCCUGGGCCAUGACCAGCUACAUGAUUCGACAGCACACGCUGCAAAUCUCGAAAAAGUACGCGAAACUGAAGAUGAUCUCAAGAAAUGGGCCAAUAGCAUACCCCGAGGUGCCAUCGUGACGCUCUUCUACAUUAUAAUUGCUUCCCGAGGCUCAUACCAACCAGAUUUCUUGUUCAAAAGCUUGGCAAUUGGGAUGAAGCUAUUGGACCAGCUGGCGAAGCAAAGCUACCCUGCUAGUCGGUUCAAAGUCAUACUCGUGACCAUGGUCUCGACCCUCCCGGAAGAUCUACAAAAGGUUCGCGACAGGUUGCUGAACUUUGAUUCCGAGGCCCCAAAUGUGCUUUCAAAUGAAAGACCUGAACACAAUCGCAACCUUUCUAAUGACUCAUACACUGCAUCGCUCGCAGGGAUUGUAUUUUCAGCGAGGCCCGAUUCUCGCUUAAGAAGGCCCAGUCUCCUUCCGUUGACUGCUGGCUUUAUGAAGCAAUCCGACGGGGGCUUUCAUAAAUCGGACCUCGCGGGAGAGAAUGAUCAGAAUCUUCAGUCGGGUCAGACAUUGUCUUCCCCAAUGAAUGAAACGACUGAGUGGGCUACAAUCGAACCCAAGAUACAAACCACAGAAUUCAAUGAUCCUGAAAGCCAAAGUCACCAGUCGCACCAUCAAACUCCCGAUUUACCGGCCCAGCCUGCUACAGAAGGUAGUCGGUCCUCACAUAUACCCAAUGUGACUGCUCCGGAGUCCGCUGACCAACAUUGGCAAGCUCAACCCUUUAGCCUUCGCCAAGAUGGUUAUGUGAGCGUGGACAAUGGUUUUGAUAUAAGCAACACCGAGCACUCGGAAAUUAACGAGGAGCCGUUGGCGGGUAUGUUCAAUACUGGGGGGUUGGAUCUUGGAGACAUAGAUGAUUUUUUCGAUUUUGGAAGCUGGUUUUAG